CUGCUUACCGGAAGAUGAUUGAUGCAUAUAUAUUUUUGUCCCAUUCUAGGAUCAUAGAUGAAUCUUUGAGAUGGCUGAUUGCAAACAAACGAGCAGACGAAGCAAAGACACUUGUACGGAAAAUAGCAAAAUUCAAUAAGAUCGACUUAAAUGAUAUUCUGCCAUUAUUACAACAUGAUGGUAAAAUUGUUCCUUUUCCUAUUCAUCAAAACCCUAAGGAGGAAAAACGAGAAAACAUACUAACUAUAGCCAGACAUAAAAUCCUACUGAAGACAUCUUUCAUAAUGGCUUUCACAUGGAUGACCAAUGCUAUGACGUAUUUUGGACUGACUUUGAAUUCUGCCCAACUGGCUGGGAACAGAUUCCUCAACCUGUUUUUAUAUCAAGUUGUAGAAAUAUUUGCAAUGUUGACGUUUCUGCUUAUUAUCAACAGAUUAAAACGAAGACAUGUAUCAAUGUUGUUCCAUGGAAUUGCUGGUGUUUCGCUUGUCAUUUCUGCUCUGCUGGGGUCGUUUAAAAAUUAUAGUGACAAAUUUACAACGGCGUCAGUCGCUCUAAGCUUUUUAGGCAAAUUUGGUAUCAGUGCGUCAUUUUCUACAAUAUUUCUAUAUACGCCUGAGUUGUACCCUACAAAUUUAAGGAACAUCGGUAUAGGCAUUGCGUCUUCGGCGGGAAGAAUAGGUGGUCUUUUAGCACCCUUUUCUACACUGUUGACUGAAUACCUAGAAUGGGGUCCUGGUGUAGUAUUUGGUGUGUGUUGUAUAUCUGUAACAGUUCUUCAGCAUUUUCUUCCUGAAAGCAGCGGUAAAGAGAUGCCACAAACUGUACAAGAACUUAAGGCAUGGAAACGAGACAAAACUACCAUUAUUCGUUGAUCAAGCUCGUUUACUGUGUUAAGUCCGAUUCUUAUUUUAAUUACAAAUAUGUAUCAAGUAUUUACAAAUAUGUAAUUACAAAUAUUUAAUUACAAAUAUGUACUGCACUUUUUUCGACUUUAAAUUUUCUAUUUUUCAUUUUCCCAUAAUAAUGGUACCUCAUGCUGCUCAUAUAUUUACAUCAUAAUGUCUGCUAGUUGUAGUUCUCAGCCUUGUCUCAAAAAAAAACCUGUAAUUGAUUCCUUGCAAGCAAGCUAAGAGUUUAACAGCUAUGUCAUAGUUUGCAGCAUGAUGUUAUGAAAGGAUUUAGGACAUUAUUGGAAAUAAUUAAAAUUUGAAAUAGAAUAGAUUUUAUUAAAAUAAAAAUGUAUAUUUCUAGUUUUAUUAAGAUAUUCAAAAACAAAAGGUGAAUGUAUAUUUCUAAUUUAAGUCGUUAAAAGAGGAAAAUACAAUAAUGAAAAAAAAUACUCAUUGUAAUAGAUAUGAUUCAUACGAAUAACAAACAUUUUCUUUGGUACACGUCAAUUAACAAUAGUACAAGUCAAGAACCUCAUUAAAGUAGUUAUUUAGCACGCGUACGAAAGUUGACUAGAGGUUGCAGGACAGAUGUAUGGCGAAUUGCUAUUACAUCCAAGGUUAUAUAUAGCAUAGAUGUAUAAACCGAGUUUUAUACAUCUAUGGUUAUAGCCAUAUUCACAGAAUUAUAGAUGUGCUUCAGACUCAUGAAUAUUCAGUAAUACAGUAAGCCACACAAGAAUGUUGAUAAUAACUAACCAAAAAGCUGAGAUACAAUGAUUGAUAUAUAACUAAAUAAAUAAAAUAGCAAUUAUAAAUGAACAAAUUUUAAAUAUCUUUUAUUGUAAAGAUCAGAAGUUCAAAUUCUUUUUCGAAAUAUAAUUUUAUUUAAUUUUAGGAAUAAGUAUCUUGAUGCUUUUUAAAUAUAAAUAAAUACAUCUUGCAUAUUAUGAAGCAAUAAAUAUUUUGGCAACUAAUUCCAUCGUUUGCAAAUGAAGCUCGAUUUCGGCUGGGGAAAGAGAAUGUCGGGUAUUCAGUGGUGACUAUAAAAAGCAAAUAUAAGUCUACUUCUCGUCAUCCUUGUUCCUACCAGCAAAUUGAGUUGUCUUAUUUAUUUCAUUAAAAAUGAAAGUUAGAUUUAUUUAUUUAAUGUUUAGGUACAUAUUUUUGAAUUAUUUAAUGUUUAGGUGCAUAUUUUUGAAUUAUUUA